AUGGAGAAGAUAAGGUGUAAAGAUAAGAGUAAUCACACAAUGGGAAGCCAAGAAGAGGCAAGAAUGGGUAGAGUGGUUGCAUUGGAGAGAGAUGUUCAAGGAGGAAUCAGAGCUGAAGAUAAGGAGUUUGUGGAGUCGAUAGAGUUGCUUAUGAUGCAGAUGCUUAAACUAGAUGAGAUUGAAGCCGAGGGAGAACUCAAAGUGCAGAGGAAAAGAGAGAUGGUUUCUCUGAGUCUCUCCUUACAAGGUCUUUCGUGUCCAGAGCCUUAUGGGCGCACGAUGGACGUACUGAGGUUGAGAAACACCUACAUGAACCGCAGUGCAAACUCGCAGGAUUUGCUUUUGCCAAGGUCCACAAGUCUGUGCUUUUCUUUAGCUCCAAAGACUUCAACAAUCAUACCACAGGACUGGGAACUGUUUGAUUGA